GUCAAACGAGCCAUUUUCUUUACAACUUCAGUGGUGAAAUUGUUGUUUGCCAAUUCCAUUGAAAAUUUUGGUUAAUUUGGGAAAACUUUUCGUCCAAAAUGAGUAUGGCAUCUGAAACUGGAAAUGAUGUUCCUACUGGAGAUGCAGACGUUUUCAAACAACCCCAGCCAAAAACUGUAGAACAAAAUGAAGAAGCUCGUUUGCGUUCAAAAUAUCCUAAUUUGAAGGGUGGUGGAUCAGCCAUUUUACAGAAGAGAUUGAUUAACAAAGGGAAAUAUUUUGAUUCUGGAGAUUACAACAUGGCUAAAGCUAAGCUAAAUAAUCCAAAGAAACCUUUAAAUCAGUCAGAAAAGUUUUUAAUUGAAGAAUCUGUUGGAGAAGCUAUCCCAACACCAGAAAAUCUACCUGCUAGAAAGGCUUCCUUACCCAGUAAAUUAGUCAACCCAUUGUUAGAGCAGGCCAAGCAGUGACAGGAGGCUCUUAACCUGGAGGAAGUUAGUCAACAAGGCUGUUAUUGACACCAGUUUAAUGUGUUUCAAAUAUAAACUUGUCUGAACUGAACUUUGGAAUAUGUCAGAGUUAUGUGAAACCACAAUAUAAUGUUCUAAUUUGUUAAAACUAAAACAGGUUUUUUUAGUUCCAAUCUGUCGACUGUCAUGUCAUUGAAAUUUCUCUUUGAAAAAAACUUAAUUUGAAUAAUUUUGGUGUUAAAAAUUAACGAGAAGCCAAAAGUUUGUUUAGAGUCAAUGCCUCCUUUUCCUGUAUUGUAAUAGACUUUCUGAGAAUUC